UGCGGAUGUUGAAUAUCGGUAUUUGACGGAAAUAUUUAUGUGCAUUGUUUAUGAUAUCGUAAGCUUUACCCGCCUCAAGGCAAGAUUGAAUUUUAGCCUAUUCCAGAAAAUGGAUACAUUAUACACCGAAAAUGAAUCUGUGGACAAAGAGCCAAUUUGCCUAUUUUUCAACGAAACACAACUGGUUUGGAGUGAUGAAGGUGUGACAACCAUUAACUAUUCUCAAGACAAAGUAUCUUGCUAUUCUGACCAUAUUACUAGUUUCAGCGUAAUGAUGAAGGUUACUAAGGCAGAAGACAACAAAGCUUUGAGCCUGAUGUCGAAAGUGUGCGUCUCUCUGUCACUCAUCGCUUUGGUUGUUUCUCUCAUCGUUUACUGCUUAUUUCCGGAACUAUGGAAAUCACUCCGCGUUUCAAUCCACAAAAACUUGGUUGUUAACAUGAUUUCGAUGCAAUCACUCUUUCUUUUUGGGAUCGACAAGACAGGCAACAAGAUCAUAUGUGCAGUCGUUAGCGUUCUUCUUCACUUCACUGCGCUGAAUACAUUCACCUGGAUGUUUGGUGAAGCGGUAUACUUGCUUUUCAAAGUUUCCACAUCAGCCCCCAGCCAACACAACCGACUUCGAAAUUACAUGGCAGUGUGCUAUGGUAUUCCCCUUAUCAUCGUUGUCAUUUCUUCGGCUGGAUUCACAUCCGAAUACAAUGAUGGUGACAGUUGUUGGCUUGGUCAAGAAAGAGGAAUGAUAUGGGCAUUUGUAGCACCAGCAUUAUGCAUUGCUAUGGGUAACACUGGAAUAAUGUGCAUUGUUGUGAGAAUAAUCUACAAACGAGCAGGUAAUAUGGUAGGAAAACCUGCGGCAGCGAGGAACAAGUUUAAGCAAUUGAGAAAAGCUACUCGUGGUACAUUAAUGCUGCUACCAAUAAUGGGUAGCGCGUGGAUCAUUGGACCGUUUGCUGUCAGUUCGGAUACUGAAUUUCUUGAUUACGUAUUCAACUUGUUAAACGGCUCGCAGGGGGUCUUCAUAUUCCUUAUCUACUGCGUCUUUGAUAAUGAGACAAAUGAGUGUUUUAAAAAACGAUUCAAGAAAAACGAAGUAACCCCAGCGACGGAAAUGACGCAAAACGAGUGAAUAUAUACAUAACUUUUUGGAUUGAUAUUCAGUAUACUUAACUUGUAGUAGUUAAAAGCAAAUGUAAGAUGCACUAUAUUUUAGAUGUGAUUAAUGUGUCUUAAUAAAAUUGUAUGUGAUAAUAAUAGUAUUUCUAAAAUUAUCAAAAACACAUUUUAUAUGUGUCUCAUUCGCAGUUUAUUGAAAAUAAGUAUAAAGAAGAGGGUGUAUCUUACCGUCUAGUCCAUACGACCCUAGUAGUGCUAAGUAGUAUUAAGACGUUAUUGUGAUACCUUGUGUGUUUAAAAUUUGUAUUUUGAAUGGAACUGAUGAUUAGUGUACUUAGCAAUGCCAACUUUAUUUGUAUUUGUUACAGUAUAUAUAUAAUGUCUAUAAAGGCUUAACAUUUUGAAUCAAGAUGUAGAAAUAACGAAAUAGGACCUGUUUUUGCUUUUCCUAAAAAUACGGUAUAAAAUAUACCGUAUAAAGUAAAUAUACCGUAUAAAUUACGAUAUCUGAAAUCCAGCGUCCCGUUUCUACUAAAAGUACUUCUUGGGUGGUCUUUUUUAAUAGGUCCACUUUUAUCCAAAAUGCCUUUCGUGAGACGGAAGUUUGGAUUGACCUGUGUAGUGAGUUUUUUAUUUUCUUCUUCUCGAUAAACAUGGUUCUUUAAAGAACGUUGUAAUUUUAGUUUCAUCAAUUUUAUCUAUAAUUAAAAUAGAUGAAAAUAAAAUUACAACGUUCUUUUAGUUUCAUCAAUUUUAUCUAUAGUUAAAAGUUGCAACGAAGGAAGUUUUACCCC